CUCAGUCUGGAGAUGGUGGCAGGAAGCCGAGUGCUGGCUGGAACACGCGCCGAGGAAAGAUAGAGAGAAAGAGAAGGGAUGGCAAAGCGGCUUCUCGUCUGGAAGCGUAGCAACCGUGGUCAGUGCGGACGAGCGUGAGUGAAGGAUACCCAGCCAGAAGGGAACGUCAGCACCCUAGGAGAACCCGAUUUUCGUGCUGAUGCAAGAAACCUUCACCCUCCACCCUGCCAGACAGGAAGUGUCGCUCUGGAACAAGAGACCAAACAACCCCGUCAGCAUGCAGAGGCUGGGAGUGUUGUGAGCGACGUGCGCUCUGGCAUGGUAGUACUGGCACUGCCUGCCUGCCUCCGUGUACAGUGGUGUUCACAGCCGCGUGUGAAACUUUCCCUCGCGCCUGCCUCCUACUGUAGUCCUCACCUCCGUCAGCCAUAAACACCAUACAGACGAACAAAGCGGGGCUUUUAUCUCCUUUUUUUCUCCUACCUCCCACUGGUUUACAUAUGUGUGUGUAUAUAUACACAGCGUGUACGUCACAAGAACACGUUUGUGUGCGUGUGUAGUGACAGCAGCAACGGGAGGUUCCGUGACACGUCAGCAACAGGAAACGUGCAACACGGAGAAGGAACAUCAUCGAGGUUUGUAAUCAACGGUAGACGAGGUAGUAACUUGGCGGUGGGAGUGUCUGUCUUACCACGGUGGUAGGCCGGCUCGUCUUGUUACUGUUAUCCCUACCCUCACCACCACCACCACCACCACCUUCACUCCCAUCCUCGGGUGAGCAAAAAAAAAAAAAAGUCGAUGUCCACAAGCUGUUGUACUUGCCUUGCUGAUGACCUUCCCCGUGCGUGCGAGAACGCGUGUUGAGCAUCGCACCGCCUGAAUCUUCAACCCGGCCUCCUCUUCCUCCUUCCCUCUCUCCUCAAGUCCGAGAAGGGGGUUAGGGUUCAAGUCCUCGCGGGCGCGAGGCACGCACGCACGCACGCGCACGCACGCGAGUCACGUGGUCGGCGGUGCCAGAUGUGGUCGGCGGCGGUGGCGAGUGUGAUUACGUGUGCGAGGCGGACACUUGCCGGCGCAGGAGGACGAGCGAGCGAACGUUAGCCUGUGGCGGACCGCCUGGCUGGGAACCAGUCUCACGCUGAUCCUCUGGAGCUAGUCGGUAGGCGGGGGGAGCAGCUGACGGACCCCGGUGAAUGCUGGAGGAGACGGCGGAUGCAAAACACUCUUUGGCGGCUGGCAGAGUGAGGCGAGAGACACAACCGUUUCAAGUAGUCGGUUGGGGUAGUCGCCGGCGGGUAGACAGCAGAAGGUAGGGCAACCUGCUCCGGCCUCCACCCCCAUCCCUUGCACCUCCACCCGAGCAGAGAGCUAGUCCACAGCCAAGGUCGAUCUGCGAAGCAGAUAAGAAGGUAGUUGCGGACAAACGCUCACGUCUGGCGAGAAUCCUGCCCUUCCCCACCCUGAUUUCCUACCCUGCUUUCCUAGAUAGACUUCUACGCUGACAGGAUUUGAACCAGGCCGAUGUGGAGUAGCCAGGAAAGGGUGCGACGUCUGAGACCACGACACGACCACAACAUUCUGUCAGACUUCUGUCACACGAUGCUGUCGACUGCUUAACCCUCACCCUCGCCACCCGUUCUGCUUGAGCCGACCCCUCACCCCAAUCGUCGCUUCCUAAUUGGCUUAAAAUUCAACCAGGUGAUUAGCAAGUUCAGACAAGUGAUCGUAUCGUAUCUUGAAGAAGGACAAAAAGAGAGAAAAGAAGAAAAAGCGAGUGAUAAGUCAGGAAAGCAACAACAGCGCAGUCGGAAUGCUCGCAUCAGUUCUGCUGUUGAAGACAGACCUCCGCCCACCUGUAUCUGCAGGUACCAUGCCUUCAUCUACCUCCGCGAUACGGGCGGUGCCAGCCUCCCGACUCCCAUCGGAUGAUUCCCUCCGAGACAGCAACCUCCGUCGCCGCCACUUGCACCCCCAACACCAUCGACACCACGCGCAGCAAUGCACGGUAACAAAAACAGGAGAAACAACCACAGCAUCAGCAAGAACAUCAUCAUCAGAUUCAUCUUCGUGUUUGUGUCAGCUGACCAAAAACGCUAGCGGUGACGAAAACCGGGCCUCCCUUGACCGCCCCAACCCCUCCACCCCAACCUGCUGCAGAACUGCCUCGGCACCGUGCGGUCAUCCUCCACGUAGUUCGUGCUUUUCCUCUUCCUCGUCGUCGUCGUCGGCGUGGUCACCCCUCGUUUUGUUGAUACUUCUGACGUCACUAGGAGUAACGCUGGCGAUGCCUUUGUCUGAUAACGAGAAACACUACAGAGAACUGCAGUCCAGAGCCGUGAAAUAUUUGGCUCAGUUCGGGUACCUGUCUGGACCCAGCACGGAGACGGGUAACUUGAUGAGUGCAGAUGACUUGACACGAGCCAUCAAAAAACUGCAGAAAAUGGGACGCAUUCCGGAGACAGGUGUCAUUGAUAGAAGGACCGAAGAACUGAUGUCAAAGCCUCGUUGUGGUAACCUGGAUUCAGGGAUGCGUCCAGAUUCCAAUCAAGUACGUUCUGACCUCGGCAGGGAGGAGUCCAACCGGGCUGGUCGACGGAAGCGGUACACGCAGGCGCCUUCCAAAUGGGGCAAGAAAGACCUGUCCUUCAAGAUCCUGAACUACACCCCAGACAUGGAAAUCCCCGUCACGAGAGACACCAUCAUGAGCGCCUUCAAGGUGUGGAGCGACGCCACCCAGCUCACCUUCACUGAGGUCAAGGCUGGAAGCAACGCUGACAUCCUCAUUCAGUUUGCCUCCCGUUAUCAUCAGGACGGCUAUCCCUUUGAUGGCAAAGGUAUGAUCCUAGCUCACGCAUUUUUUCCCGGCGAGGGAAAAGGUGGUGAUACCCACUUUGAUGAUGACGAGCGGUGGACCAGCAAUUCUACAGAUGGCGUUGAUCUCUUCAUGGUGGCAGCACAUGAGUUCGGACAUGCUCUAGGCCUUGCCCACAGUGCUGACCCAGGUGCGCUGAUGUACCCAUGGUACCAAGGCUUCUCUGGACCAUUUGUUUUGCCCCAUGAUGACUCCAUGGGUAUUCAAAGCCUCUAUGGCCCACCUCGAGGUCCAGUAGAUUUUGAUAACAAAUCAACUGUAUCAACUGUGUCCUCUUCCUCAACACCUGACGGGACACAUACUGUGAAUCCAACACCUGGAGGAGAUGAUGAGGUGUCUCCCGACCCUUGCACGACACCCUUUGAUGCCAUCACUGUCAUACGCACUGAAGUUUUCUUGUUUAUAGGAAAGUGGUUCUGGCGAAUGGAUUCACGAAAUAUAUUAGAAGCACCUGUACAUAUACACAAGUUCUGGUAUGGCCUUCCUAAAACAUUGACCAAAAUUGAUGCUGUAUUCGAGAGACCUGGGGACAAGAAGAUAGUUUUUUUCUCAGGUGACCGUUAUUGGACAUUCAAUGCCAACCACAUGGUUGCUGGUUUUCCAUCUGAGGGAAGACCUAUCACAGAAUUUGGAAUCCCAGCGGAUGUGAAGCACAUUGAUACAGUCUUUAUAUGGGGCUUUAACCAGCGCACAUACCUUGUGUAUGGUGACAUGUACUGGAAGUUGGAUGUAAACAAUACUUACGUUGAAUAUGACUAUCCACGGGAUAUGUCUAUUUGGCGUGGAGUGCCUGUACCUCUGGAUGCUGCAUUCCAGUAUUGGGAUGGAAAAACAUACUUCUUUCAAAACCGGCAGUACUGGAAAUUUUAUGAUGUCAAAAUGCAAGUUGAUCCCUAUUAUCCCAAGUCUAUUGCUGACGAUUGGCUACAGUGUUCCAAGAAACUUCCUCUUGAUCAGCCAGCCAAACAGCUGGAACAGAUCUCAUCUACAGCAUCUUCUCAACCAUUUGCCUUACAUUUUAUCUUUCUGCUAAUCUGGAGUGUACUUUUCAUGCCAGCAUAAACAAAAAAAAAGCAAGAGAGAAUUUUCUCAUAAAAACACAAAAGAACAGAAGGGGGAAAAGGCUUGUGUAAUGCUUUUGAAUGAGAUGAAGACCAUCUUGACGUCUACAAACCUGUAAAGGUUUUGCUUCUCUGUAUGUGCAAGCUGUCGUUACAGUUUAGCUGAGUGAGGAGUAAACGGAUAGACAGGUACUUGUGAGAGAGAUUGUGUGUGUCUGUGCAUGUGUCUCGUACACACCACCCCAUAAAGCAUGUGUCAGCGGACACAGAUUUGUGCUUUUAGUUAAAUCUGGUCUUAACUACCCAAGCUGCCACGUGACUAAUCAGGUAUGUGUUACAUGAUUCCAUGAUAAAUAAUGGACCAUACAUAAUUCUUCAGAAAAACGUGCACAGAUCGUGAUGAAAAUUAUAAAGAACAAGCCAUCACAUGUUUGUGCUCCUUAGAGGCAAAAUAAGUAAAAAAUCACAGGGAAAUCUUUCCUUUGGUUGUGAAAAUCAACAGCUCAGGAAUAUCUUGAUGGAUGACAUGAAUUUCAACAUCUGAACUCUAUAGGUCAAAACUAUAGAUAGGAUUUAAUUAGUUUAAAUAUAUUAACUAAUCAACCUGUAACCAUGAAGAACUCAUUUUUGUCUCGUCACCACUUAAAAAAACAAACUUACCAACAGGCAAUGAAGGCCAGUGGCUAGUUUUAAACAGCUGAUAAGACAGUCUGAAUCAUGUCAUUACUGAAUCAAAUGGAGGUUGCCAUUUUUGAUGGAUGUAAAUCUUGUGUUUUGUUCUGAGACAUGCUUUAUGCUUGUCAAUAGCUUUUCGUGUUUAGGGUUUGUCGUGUUUUCCAUUAAUGGAUACGGCUGAUGAGUGUACUUCUAGUCAAAAACCUUGGAGAUGAAUAAUUUUAAGCUGAAGGUCCUGUAGAUAGUUGAUAGACAAGGCCAAGCAUGCACGGCUGUAUAAUUAUUUCAUCGGUACGUUAUUUAUACUUUGACUUCCAUCAUUGCUGUGUAUAUAUCUUUUUACUUUUAUCUCAGUAGUUUUACCAUGUGCCCUCAUGUGCCCUCAUGUUCCCUCACUGGCUUCUGCAGCUUUAUGGCUUAACCACAAAUUUCACCCUUGUCAAUUUAUUUUUGGAUCUUAAACUUUUUUUUGAAAUGUACAUUGUUUUGAGCUACUGGUGGAUUUUUUUGUUUUGGUGGGAGGGGUUUAUUACCAUUUUUUUUUUUCUAAAUUCCAACAUAGGCUAUUCACACUGAGAAUAAUUACAUGCAUUGCUAAGCAUAUUGCAGAUGUUUACAUUUCCAGCAAAUCUGACCUUUUUUUUUUUACAACAGUGAGGGAGGAGGAUUGAAAUGCAUAAUGACUGUACGUUAGUUUUGAUACAUUCUUUCCCCAGUUCUUUCUUCUGAAAAGCACACAGACUGUGGUUUCCUUUUGCUUGUUCAUGAGAAAGGAUCAGUGAUCUCUAUUUGCAUUUGAAGAAAGUAUUCAACUUCAUCAUGACUCUGUGCCUAUAGAUUUUCUAACUUAUUUUUGAUGUCUAAUGACCGUGGUUUAUUUUGUGAAAAAAACAAUAUUACUAUUCGUAAGGCAAGGGCAACCUUGCAGUUCUUUGGUAAGUCCUCCAUAUUGACAAAAUAAUCAUUAUGUUCAUUCGAAACUAUUUGGUGUCGCCAUAAAACAAUGUUGAUUCAUUGCUAGAUUUACUGAAGGGAACAAAGGCAUAAGAAUAAGGACAAGUCAACAGAGAGGUUGAGAAUUUCUGAUUUUCAAAUCUUUUGAAUUCAGAAUUCUUAUAUUCUUUUACAUUUACAAAUAUAUUUGUAAUUUUUGUCUAUGUUGCUAUUGUUAAUGUCAAAUUGUUGUGUUGUUGUCGUGGCACUUUUGGCUGUCAGGCGUAUUGACAUUUCUCACAUGAACAAGCAGCAUUAGUUGAUUUACUUUUGAUGCUGCUAUUGCAUUGUUAGUAACAUACAAUAAUAGUCUAUAAUAGUCACUAGACAUGUUAAAGGACUUGCUUGUCCUUGGAAAUUGCCAGGAAAGUGGGUUUUUGUUUGUUUUCAUGACAGCUCCAGCUUUUUCACACACUUUCCCUCCGUGAAGGGGGAAAAAAGCUUGUUGUGUUGGAGGUCUUCAUGAAUUAGUUAACGCUGACAAUAACUGUAGUUGUUAAGGAAGGAAACCCUGAGUGCUAGGAACAGGAAAACUACACGAGACAAAGAAGACAAUGGCAUACAUCCCCAGCAACAGAGACUAACAUUGCAGGGUCCCUGCGGCACAGAGAACACAAAGACCUACUGGCAUAGAGACCCAACAUCCAAAGAUAAUUUCUGGCAGCCUUGUAAUGUGCCUCAUCCAGAAGUUUUAUGAUGGUUUCAAAGGUCACAAUAGUCAUUGACAGCUGAAGAAACCAGAGAUAGACACAUGCAAGGUGGCUAGAUGCUCAAAUCAAAGCGUAUGAGAUUUUAACAUGUACCAUGGAAAAUCCACUGGGGAAACAUUGUCAUUUUCCCUAUCUUUGUAUUUUUUGUAUUGUUCUUGUGGCAGCAUAGUGAAUGACUUUUAUCAGAAAUAGGAUGCAGGAUUAAAAGAAAUAACAUAGUGCUCAAGUAUAAGCAACACAAAUAUUACAGUUUUAUUUUUCAGAUCAGAAUUAACGUUUAAGUAAACUUGCUACAAAAACUUUGUUGCUCACUUAAUGCCAUAUUUUGUACCAGUCACAUACUUUUAUGUCUUUGUAGGGAAUGCUUUUUAAUCAUGAUAUUAAACUUACAGCUGGCUUAUUUUAAGGAUGGUAUGCUACAGUGAUACUGCUAGAAGUAUUUGGAGAACAAGUCAGAUUGCAUAAACAAACAGCAUUGACAAAACAAGACUUUUGAUGUGAGGAAGUUUAAAUCGCCAAAAUAGUGUAUUAUAAAAAGUGUAAGAUGCAAGGCCUUCUAGAUUAUAAUCUUCACAUUUAUGUGAUAUGUGUGUGUGUUGAUGCUAUGAAAAAAAUGUACAUGGGAAUUUCACAAGAGAAUCUAUCAGAGUUCAGUCAUCAAACCAAACUACUGGAGGAAAAUACAAGGCACUUCCGUGAGCUCUCUUUAAGCUUAAUGACAUUUAAGAAUCACAGUUGCAAGCAUUUUUAGCCUUUGUAGCACUGCUUGUGUUCUUUCGUUUUUUACCAUUUUUAUGCUGUGUCCUGUUCAAUAUUAUCCUGCUGUGUCUUUGGCACACUUUCCAUCUUGCCAGUUUUCCAGUAUCAUACAAUGUCCUUGUUAAUUUCUGUAUUUAAUAUUUGUCACUGGCUAUCUUCAACAGAAACAUGUUUUAAGAAAAUAAAGGGGUAAAAAGAAAAAGGAGAAUCAUAAGUGCUACAAGAAACUGUUGGAGCAUCAGGCUGUUUGUUUUUUUUUUUUAUAGUGCACAUGUACAUCAGUUGCAGCUUUAAUUCUUUGCUUGUGGUGUAGUGUCUGUGCCCUUACAUGAAAUGUCUUAUUUUAGACUCACAGCCAUGGACAUGAAGCCCAUGUGCUUCUAGAGAUAAUCAUAUUUUUUUCUUUGUUAACUAGCACAUUAAAAGUAACCAAUACACCAAGAACAAUCAUUCCUGUUCAUCCAAAGCUUGGAGUUGUCUGUCCUGUACUUGAAGAGAGUCUUGAGAACAAAAAGGUUACUUCUGAGUCGUGCCUUGUAAAUCGCAAUCUGCUGGUGCAAGUUUCAAAACACUAUGACCUGCUUCUGUACACUGCCUUCCACACUAUAUCAACAGGCCUUCCAGAUUAUAUCCACAGAUUUGGCUGAGUACGAAGGAAGGUUAUUGUACUAUUUGUACUUAAUAGGAUAUGCUGCUUGCGAUAUAUUAGGUCAUGACAGGAUUGCAAGCCAGGACAUCUUGCUGCAGGGCAGUACUGUAAACAGGAUGUAUCCUGUAUAACAAGAGAUUUGUACUUAUGGUUGUGAAAUUAGCAUAAUCUCAUGAACGCUGACCCGAUGUGGGUACCUUACUGUGUUACAUCAACAAGGUCCACUCAUCCAAACACUGCCCUUUUUUUUUCUUGCGCUGUGAUUUCAUAUAUAAAUGAAUGCUUGAUGAAGAAUCAGUGGGUUUUUUGCUGUGCUGUGUAGUUUAAAGAUUUAAAAAUGUGUGAACACUGUUCAAUGGAGAAACACUUUUUUUUCAAGAUUUAUUUAGCUGUGUCUUCUCUACCAAACUACCUUAAAAUGCUUGACCUGCAGCAUAACUCUAUGGAUAAAUUAUCUUCUCAUUUCUAUGGUUGAAAAUGUUUGUUAGGCAAUAGAGUAUGCAGUGGGAUUUUAAAAUCUGAUUAUCAUGUAGCAACAUGAGGACAGAACUGUCUGUAUAUCUUAUGUUCUUCACAAAUCAUGUAUGUUGUUGUUAUAUUUAUGUGAUAUUUAUAAUCUAGAAACGAAAUAAGAUCAGUACAUUUUUAGCCUUUGUCGACAAUGCUUACAUUAUUUUCCUAUCUGUGAAAGCUUUAUGAAACAGUUGGUUUUUGAGUGGGUAAAUACAAAACGAUUGCCAUGUCACAAUGUAUUUUCAUGCCUCAUGGUACCGUGCAUAAGCCUACCACCAAAAGGCUUAGCCAUCUUGUCAUUUCUGUCACCUCUGAAAUACUCUUUGAGGCUUUGUUAUUGCUGCUGUUUUAGGCAUGCUUAGGUUGGCAUGUUGAGGUAUUUAAACAAGAAUUUGCAUAAUGAUUGGCAGAGUCUUUCAUAAGUGGACGCAGAUUUAUUGCUUUGAUGAUGCUUCUAGAACCGCAUUGCUCAAAUCCAAAAUAUCUUUGUUUGGAUCCUUCUGCAAACUCAUUAAUGUGCCAAUUAGAAUACACUAUAUGAUCAGCUAUGUAAAGAUUUAUGUCGGUCUGAACUCUAUGUACAAACUGAAAUUACCAAAAAUAGUUCACUGAGUGCACUUGAGACAAGGUAAGUUUUUUGUUUUCAAUGACUGAGAACAUGUUUUGGUGCUGUGUUGAGUUUUUGUGUUUUCAUCUGUUUGACGAUGUUAAGGGUAAGCAAGAUAAAAAUACAUACACAGAUACUUUGACAUACCUCUUAUCCUAUGUUUACACAUUACCUGUGGUGGCACAUAGUGUUUUGACCACCACCAGUGUGUAAAACUUAUUACUUUUUUCACAUUGCUAUUUCUACCUUUUGUGUACACACUAUCACAGUGUUCAAUGAAUUAUGGAAGUUAAUAUGAAACAUUAAGAAGCAACAUGGAUGUCUUCUUGAAGUGGUCAAAUUGAAGCCCAUAAUAUUUAUGAAAAUCUUUAUCUUGUUUUUGUUUUCAAUUAUCUUAAUAGCACUCAGUUUGCACUUAUGUUCUUUUCUGAAAAUUCCUCUGGAAACAUUUUUGUUAGGUUUUGUGUGAAUUUGAUGUUGAUGGGGUUCAUAAUCUAUUUUUGCUUUUUUGCUUGCACAUUUUGUUCUUGGUGCCCCCCACCCUCAGUAUCAGGUGACGUGAUAUUGUGUAAUGCAACGGACACGUUUACACAGCCUGCUUUCACUGGCUUAAUGAAUACAAGCUGAUAGUUACACCAACUUAGAAACAUCACCAAUACUCAAAUCCUUGCUUUGGAUCAUUUGAACGAUCAAAAUACUCAGUUUUUUUUUUUUUGGUUUGUUUUGCACAUAUUUUGUACACUGGAUUUUCUUUGAGAAAUUUUUGCAGUAAUGAAUGUGAGAUAACAUUUGUUCGGUACCUGCAUCUGGUGUGUAAAACUUUUUUCUCGUCAUUCCAUGCUUUUGUGUAAGAUAUUCAUUUCAAAACCUGUUAUAUACUGGCGUAAUGUGUUUCACUCUGUGCAUCAGCCUUUACCCAUGCAGCUGGUAGGCUGUUCUUACAGCAUAAGCUGGUGUACUGUUUAAGAGAGAACAGCUAGUAUGGAGUUUGCUCCGGUCCCUUUUACUGACUGCUUGAGCUUGGUUGUAUACAGUUAUCUCAUUGAUAAAAGGAGAAUAGUCAAGUUCUAAACGCCAAAAAACUCUUGAGAUUGUUUCAAUUUCUCUGAGCUGCAGUGGCAUUUAUUUUUUCCAUAACACUUGAUUUAUGCAUUUAAAACUGAAUAUGUAUGAACUGGUGCAUAUAGUCAUUGCUUGAAAAAUAUAAACCAGUUUGCUGUGCACCUUUUUAAAAAAAAACCUGCUAAAAUAAAAAUUAUUCUCAGCAUAGAAUUCUUCAAUGCAUUAAUGCAAAUUUUUAAGCAGUGUUUGGUGAUUAGAUGGAAGAACUACUCUUUGUGAAAUUGAAAUGUUCUAGAAAGCAACUUUGAUGGUUUAAAAGAAAACAAAAAGAUACCCACACAAGUGAUAGUGAUGGACUUUCUUAAGCCAGGAUUUUAUUUGUUUGCAUAUACAGCAGUAUUGCAGAGUUGCUUUAGAAUACAUAUGUGCACUGUAGAGAUGCUGCUUUGAUCGUAUGUAUACAUGUAUGUUGUACAUGUUGCACUGCCCUGCUACUGCAAUCAGAAAUAAAUUGUGCACAAUCA